GAGACAGGAGACUCUUGAACCCAGGAGAUGGAGGUUGCAGUGACCCUAGAUUGUGCCACUGCACUCCAGCCUGGGCAACAGAGUGUGACUCCGUGUAAAAAAAAAAAAAAAAAACUUCAAACUGAAGAAUGAUUAGCUAAAAACUGAGUAUGGUAGAAAAGGAACCAAAAUCAGAACAAACUACAAAGAAAUGUUUAUGUUUCUUUAAAAGUAAGAAUGGUAUCAUUUUUGAAAGGUUUAGGUCUCUGUUUCUGUUUAUUCACAUGCCUUUUUCUUUAGGGACCUCCCGAAUUCCCUGGUAACAGUGUUCAUUCUCUUCACCUUGGAUCAUUGGUAUGCACUGCUUCAGGAUGUCUGGAAGGUGCGUGAAGUCAGUCGCAUCUUCAGCAGCAUCUAUUUCAUCCUUUGGUUGUUGCUUGGCUCCAUUAUCUUUCGGAGUAUCAUAGUAGCCAUGAUGGGUAAGCAUAGAGGAGGUGAAACUUGUUUGGGAAGGGUGGUUGGGAAGAAAUUAGUCUGAAAGCGGGGAUUGGUGGCUUAUGGGUAUAAAGAACCUAGUGUAGCAGGAAGGCUUGGGUUCUGGAUGGGAUAUUUCACUUGGAUUCUCCCCACCCAAGCCCUCUUCCCAGGUCUAGUCAUUACCAUCUCCCAACUCCUAAUGGCCCUUUGGGGCAGUUACUAACUUUCAGAAUAUCAGGAAAGAGAUGAAUGAGGAGAUGGCACGUCAGGAGGUUCAGCUGAAAGCUGACAUGUUCAAGCGGCAGAUCAUCCAGAGGAGAAAAAACGUGUCACAGGAGGCACUGAAGUCAAGCCAUAGCAAAAUAGAUGACAGAGACGAGGUUUCACCAUAUUGCCCAGGCUGGUCUCAAACUCCUGAGCUCAGGCACUCCAUCCGCCUCAGCCUCCCAAAGUGUUAGGAUUACAGGCGUGAGCCCCGUGCCCAGCCACAGAUGGGUUAUAGUUUUAAACAGGGUAGUCAGGGUGACCUCAUUGAAAAGGUAAUGUGAGCAAAGACUUGAAGGAGGUAAGGGGAUCACCAUGUGGGUAUCUAUAAGAAGGGUGUUAAUAGGCAGAUGAAACAGCUAGUGCAAAGGUCCUAAACUGGAAGCAUGCUUGGUGUGUUUGAGAAACAGCAAGGAGGCCAUUGUGAAUGGAGUAGAGUGAGCAGGGGGAAGAGUGCUGGGAAAUGAAGUCAGAGAGAUAAUGGUGACAUGAUCCUGUAGGGUUAGGGGUGCCAUUGUAGGGACUUUGAAAUGGAAAGCAGAACAGAGGAGUGACAUGAGGUGACUUACAUUUAAGAAGGAUUACUUGCUGUGUUGGUAGAAGAACAAGGGAAGGAGCAGAGAGAUCAGUUGGGAGGCUAUGCUGCUGCCCAGGCAAGAAAUGAUGACAGCUUAGGCCAGAGUGGUAGCAGUGAGUUAGUGAUAAAAGAUUUAUUUCGAAGGUAUAGAGUCAGCAGGAUUACUUGAUGGACUGGAUAUGGUAGGGAAGAGAAGAGUUAAGGAUGAUACAUGAAUGAUUGAGUUUGGAAGUGCCUGAGUGUAGAGUUUGGGAGUAUUUUGGCUCUCAUUGUCUUAUGCCCCAGCUUUAGGGGGUGGCCAGGGCCAGAACCAGAAUAAUGAGUGGACUAGUCAUGUCUUGUAAAUGUUUGUGAAGUCAUGAUUUUCUCCUUUCAGUACAAGAGGAGCUGGUCAACAAAGGGAAAGUUUGGACUUAUCAGAAGUAUCUGAAGUAGAGUCUAAUUAUGGUGCCACUGAAGAGGAUUUAAAAACAUCUGCAUCAAAAACAGAAGAGACCUUGUCAAAAAAGAGAGAGUACCAAUCUUCCUCCUCUGUUUCCUCCACAUCCUCUUCCUAUUCUUCCUCUUCUGAAUCCAGAUUUUCUGAAUCUAUUGGUGAGCCAAAGAACUAUAAUAAUGAGUUUUUUCCAUUUGAAUUCAGACUACUCUAUAAGACAUCUUACUCUUAACAAGAGCUCUCCUACUGUAUCUCCUUUCCAAUUUUCUGGUCUUAAUGACUUUCUUUUUGCUUCUAAUUUCCCCUGUCCUCCUUCUUCACUUUGGGUAAAUGUGGCUGUGGCCCUCUUUGCUCACUGUAAAAAGUGAUUUCUUGCUGAUGCACCCUUUCCCUGCUUGUUUCCUGUUACCUCUUCCCACCCCACCUUUCCACCCACACCAUAGGAUUUACCAGCUUUUACCCAACUUUUACAAACCUAGCCAUGCUUUUCUGAAGCAUUCCUCCCAACAGGUCAUUUGGACUGGGAGACUCUUGUGCAUGAAAAUCUGCCCGGGCUAAUGGAAAUGGAACAGGAUGACCGUGUUUGGCCCAGAGACUCACUCUUCCGAUAUUUUGAGUUGCUAGAAAAGCUUCAGUAUAACCUAGAGGAGCGUAAGAAGUUACAAGAGUUUGCAGAACCCCAGAUUACAGCCUUACACACCUGUUCUCCAGUUCGCCAUCUCCAUGUCUGCCUAUUCCUUUCUGCAUCACGGGCUCAUAACUCAAGCAAUCUCCUUGGGUUCCUCUGAGGGGCCCCUGGGAUCCCCUAUCAUUGGUCCCUUUCACAGAAGCCUACCCUUCUCCAGAGCCAAAGGAUCAGAUAUUCAGUGGCUCAGGUAACAAACCUGCUGUCAGGUUACAGAUAUUGUUUCCUGAAAGACCACACUACAGUGUCAGUGGAGCCUCAGGCUGCCUGCAGUGCCCUGCCCUCACCUGGCUAACCCACACAGUUGAGAAUAACCAGAACUCCCCUCCGGUACCAGUGUUCACCUGGAAACAUGGCUCUGAGCCUCUGGCCCCUGCUGCUACUGCUGCUGCUGCUGUCCUUUGCAGUGACUCUUGCACCUACUGGGCCUCAGUCCCUGGGCCCUGGUCUCUCCUUCCUGAAGUCAUUGCUCUCCACUCUGCACCAGGCUUCCCAGGGCUCCCGGAGCCGCUCACAGUUCUCUACAUUCCUGGCCAACAUUUCUUCUUCCUUUGAGCCUGGGAGAAUGGAGGAAGGACCAGUAGGAGAGCCCCCACCUCUCCAGCCACCUGCUCUCCGGCUCCAUGAUUUUCUAGUGACACUGAGAGGCAGCCCCGACUGGGAGCCAAUGCUAGGGCUGCUGGGGGAUCUGCUGGCACUGCUGGGACAGGAGCAGACUCCCCGAGAUUUCCUGGUGCACCAGGCAGGGGUGCUGGGUGGACUUGUGGAGGUGUUGCUGGGAGCCUUAGUUCCUGGGGGCCCCCCUACCCCAACUCGGCCCCCGUGCACCCGUAAUGGGCCCUCUGACUGUGUCAUGGCUGCUGACUGGUUGCCUUCUCUGCUGUUGUUGUUAGAGGGCACACGCUGGCAAGCUCUGGUGCAGGUGCAGCCCAGUGUGGAUCCCACCAAUGCCACAGGCCUCGAUGGGAGGGAGGCAGCUCCUCACUUUUUGCAGGGUCUGUUGGGUUUGCUUACCCCAACAGGGGAGCUAGGCUCCGAGGAGGCGCUUUGGGGCGGUCUGCUACGCACAGUGGGGGCCCCCCUCUAUGCUGCCUUUCAGGAGGGGCUGCUCCGUGUCACUCACUCCCUGCAGGAUGAGGUCUUUUCCAUUCUGGGGCAGCCAGAGCCUGAUGCCAAUGGGCAGUGCCAGGGAGGUAACCUUCAACAGCUGCUCUUAUGGGGCGUCCGGCACAACCUUUCCUGGGAUGUCCAGGCGCUGGGCUUUCUGUCUGGAUCACCACCCCCACCCCCUGCCCUCCUUCACUGCCUGAGCGCAGGUGUGCCUCUGCCCAGAGCUUCUCAGCCCUCAGCCCACAUCAGCCCACGCCAACGGCGAGCCAUCACUGUGGAGGCCCUCUGUGAGAACCACUCAGGCCCAGCACCACCCUACAGCAUUUCUAGCUUCUCCAUCCACUUGCUCUGCCAACACACCAAGCCUGUCACUCCACAGCCCCCUCCCAGCACCAUUGCCAUCUGCCAGACCGCUGUGUGGUAUGCAGUCUCAUGGGCACCAGGUGCCCAAGGCUGGCUACAGGCCUGUCAUGACCAGUUUCCCGAUGAGUUUUUGAAUGCGAUCUGUAGUAACCUCUCCUUUUCAGCCCUGUCUGGCUCCAACCGCCGCCUGGUGAAGCGGCUCUGUGCUGGCCUGCUCCCACCCCCUACCAGCUGUCCUGAAGGCCUGCCCCCUGUUCCCCUCACCCCAGACAUCUUUUGGGGCUGCUUCUUGGAGAACGAGACUCUGUGGGCUGAGCGACUGUGUGGGGAGGCAAGUCUACAGGCUGUGCCCCCCAGCAACCAGGCUUGGGUCCAGCAUGUGUGCCAGGGCCCCACCUCAGAUGUCACUGCUUCCCCACCCUGCCACAUUGGACCCUGUGGGGAACGCUGCCCAGAUGGGGGCAGCUUCCUGGUGAUGGUCUGUGCCAAUGACACCAUGUAUGAGGCCCUGGUGCCCUUCUGGCCUUGGCUAGCAGGCCAGUGCCGGAUAAGUCGUGGGGGCAAUGACAUGUGCUUCCUAGAAGGGCUGCUGGGCCCCCUUCUGCCCUCUCUACCACCACUGGGACCAUCCCCACUCUGUCUGACCCCUGGCCCCUUCCUCCUUGGCAUGCUAUCCCAGUUGCCACGCUGUCAGUCCUCUGUGCCAGCCCUUGCUCACGCCACACGCCUACACUAUCUCCUCCGCCUGCUGACCUUCCUCUUGGGUCCAGGGGCUGGGGGUGCUGAGGCCCAGGGGAUGCUGGGUCGGGCCCUACUGCUCUCCAGUCUCCCAGACAACUGCUCCUUCUGGGAUGCCUUUCGCCCAGAGGGCCGGCGCAGUGUGCUACGGACGAUUGGGGAAUACCUGAACAAGAGGAGGAGCAGCCAACCCCACCAGGCUUGGAACCCACUGUCAACCCCAGCUCUGGUAUAAGCAAGAUGGAGCUGCUGGCCUGCUUUAGUGUGAGUGCUCUGCCAGAGGGAAAGCUCCUAGAACAGGGAGAA